GGCACGUAUAGUUUUUGCUAUCCUCUGUCACCCUUUUCCCUGGCGAAUAUAUAUCUAAGAUGGCGUCUGCAAGUUUGGUACGCAUACGUAAGCUCUGCUUGCUAUUAAUCCUUGCUGAUGUCACUGACAUUUCAGAAGAAGUGUCUGUUCAGCACGUUCUCGAACCAAUCACCGCUAGGGAUUCUGACAGGCUCGUCAUCCUGCCAUGUGACUUCUACACGAAAACGUACGAGACACCAGAGAUCACGUGGUAUCACGAGACACUCGAUGAGAGGAGACUUAUCAUGCGGUAUGAUAUUCACAACCGUCUGUCGUCUUACGGGGAGUUCGAAGGCCGGGUUGUAAGAGGAGACCGAGGGGCCCUGGUUCUGCUCGGGCCGAGGUCAAGGGAUGCCGGCAACUAUUCGUGUGAGGUUGAAGUGGACAACGAGAUCCCAAGCCGGGUGAAAUCUACCGUGAUGCUGAAGGUCAUAAAAGACACAGUUGCUACCAACGAUGACAAUGCUAUGAAUAGAACAGUCCUAAUUUCAAUGUACUGGCUUAUCUCGGUGAUGUGUGCACUUCUGCUCAAUACAGGACUCAGAACACUGGCUAGGAAUGCGUUUUACCAUCCUGGAAAUAUGCCGACGAAACAACGGCUAAAACACAUCCUGAUCUCAUUGGUGACCGUCUUCGCCAUGGGGUUAAUCUUCGCAGGAGUGAUCUGUGCUGUUAAGUCCAUAAGCAAGUUCAAGAGCACUACACUUAACAGUAAUUACUGGACAGUGUCAAUGAUAACUGGAAUACCGGGAAUCCUGAUUCUAUCACUCAUCGCCGCGUGGUCGUGCUUACCAGGAGAGACAUGUUGUAAGAAGAGAUGCUUAGGCAGAUCCGGCAUUCAGGAAACCCAUGAAAUGUCAUCUAACCGAUCCACGGCCGUCUGUUAUAUCGCUUCCAGUGAUACACAAGACCCGAUGUCUACCCUUCUGGAGAGAAAAACAAACACAGCAGUUUUAAAAAGCACGGCUGUUCUCCCCCAAACAAAAUCGAUCAAGGAAUUGUCUCAAGUGGAUAUAAAAGUAUUCAGUACUCCAUGUAAAGAAACAGUCACUGGCAUGGCUUCUUUGGGUGAUGAUGUUUAUGUGACCACGACAUCUACUUUCUAUCAACUGAAUCCAACGGAGAAGGCUGGGCAGAAACAAUUUAAACGCAUCUUUGUUCGAUACGCGAGAUUCUUGUCACUGGGAAAAUAUAAAGACGGUUUGUUGAUAUGUGCAAGCGAUAAAUCCACCUUAGACGAAGAAAAUGUUAUAUAUCAAUGGAGCCCACGAGGUAAAAGAACUGAUAAGGUUUUUUUGCCAGUAAAAUCUACCAUUCUCUGGGCUCAGGAGGGGCGUGGAGAUGAAUUGGUGUAUGUGGCGCUUUCAAACCCAAAUGUCAUCAGCAAGAGAAAUCUCCAAAAGAAAACUGGAGAACAUAUUUGGAAUGGUGUGUUGAAGAAACCUGAGUGUAUCGUUCAGAAUUCCCGCGGUCAGUUUAUUGUCGCGGAUUCGGCUAAAAACGAUCUCUUCGUAUUUGAGGAAGAUGGAGAAUUUUUGUCAACUAUGAAAGUAUCUGUUCCCAAACAAUUUGAAGAAAAACUAAACAAGUGUAACAGAAUAGCCAUUGACGAGGACAAUAGGAUUUAUGUAUCUAGCCCAGGGUCUAGUGAUGUUCUUGUAUUUAAUGAGGACUUUAGGUUUGAGCGCAUGUUCCAAGAGUUUAGUGGAUCUAUGGAUGGAAUAUCUUGUCUUCUCGUCCAUAGCAGAUCGCUGUACGUCGCCCAUGGUGACAGCAUUUCCAGCUAUUCCCUUUAAACGAGCAUUCCUUGAGCAUCAUUACCUUAAUUUUUGGGCUCCCCUGCGUAUUUUAGGAAAACAUUCAUCGAGUUUUAAGAAAGCUUUGAAGCUAAAUAUCCUCCUUCCUUGUUAUGUACACUUCACAUUCGGCUCAUAUAACAUAACCAAACACAGGCUGUCACACAAGCUGUUACGGCUCACUUCGUCUUUGAAAUCUAUGUUCCUACAGCAUGACAGUCACAGCCAUAUUAUAUUAUAUACAACUGGAAAUAUCCCGAAACACUAUAUUACACCAUGCGAAGCUAGAGUAGUUUUUUUUUAACUAAAUGCAAUGUGGUUUUAACUAUUUACAUUUCUG